UGGGGUCAUAAGCGAGCGUCAGUCGCUCUCACCACAACAACUGUGGCCGGAGCACCCUGUGGGUGCCCUUAAAUCAACAACAACACUCUUGUGGGUGCCCUUAAAUCAACAAUAACAACACUCUUGUGCAGUCACACGAAGGGAAGACCUUUAUGUAAGCUGCAGGUAUCGUAAACCCGAAGAAAGAGCACAGAAAUAGCGGAGAAAACACCGUCCUGCAUUUCAACCCUCAAAGCCACCGAUUUCCACCGAGCAAAUUUCAUUUGUUACAAUGGCAUGGGCUUGUCACAACAUUGGUCUUAAUUGUAUUUAUAAACGUACAAUACGUACCAUUCCCCGUGGCAUUAGCAUUCUCCAUGCACCAAACUCAAUUGCGUAUCUCCAAAACUUACCGAGAAACGUGAGCUAUAGAAGUGAAGAUAAAACGUUACUUUCUGGGUUGAGCACCUGUGGCAGGAAUGGGAGUGUGGUGGGCAGCCUCCACCACAGGUGUGGGGUGCCAGGCUGCCCUCUGCUGCCGUCUACAAGCCUAUUGGCUGCCACCCUCCCCUGCCUCCACACAGUCACCAGGAGCAAGUCAAAAGGGUCAUCUUACAACAGAAACAAGACUAUGAAGGGCAAAGGUGAAGAGGAGUUUUCAGAUGAAGAUGUGGAUGAUGAUGAAAUGAUAUUAGAGUCGGGAUCAGAUUUCCGUGACAUAAAGGCUAAGAUACCUUCACUGCGGAUGGAUGCAAUUUUGAAGGCAGGGCUUGGCAUGUCUCGAAACAAAAUGGAAGGAACAUUUUAUAGUAGUAAAAUUCGUGUCAAUGGAGAGAAAAUAUUAAAAAAAAGCAAGCAGUUGCUUGAAGGGGACGAAAUUGAUGUAAUUAAAGGACCAUGUGAUCAAAAUCCAGAUUUGUUGAACAUUUCACGUGUUGUCAUUCUAAAGGUAGGCAACUUCGAUGAGGAUUCUGAUAAAGUGAUGGUUAAGCUUCGUAAAUAUCCACAGUUAUUGAUUGAAAAGUACAGCGAUUAUAAAUGUGAAGAUAACUUGUCAUAAACAAUGUUGAAUUUAUUAGUUAAUAAUACCUUCAGCAGUGUGCUGUUAAUAUACAUGCCUGCCAGGAAUUAGAAAUUUAUUGGAGGUUUUGAAUACAAGUCAGGAAAUGUGUACGAAAUAAUACUUUUCAGAGUAAUUUUUUAAUACGAUAUUGUAAGUAUUAUUUAAUCUUGAAAUACAGGAUUAUACAAAAUGA